UAUUGAAUCUGUAUUACGGAUCUGUUGGAAAUGUAGUAACUACUUUUUCCAGAAACGUUAUAAUCACGUAUAAUAGCCUAAGUAUUCCCUCAAAACACUAUGAGAUCAUAACAUUUAUAGUGUAAUAUCAAUAGUAAGACUUAGCAAGUAGCCGGUAGUAGCUGUUAGACUGUUUUAAAACAUCACAUCGUUGCUGUAAACACACCAGGGUCACUAUCGGACACUCCCACAUUACCGGCAUUGGCCAUCAGAGGGCAGAAGCGCACUCAACUGCACUUGCUCUGAUGCAGUGCAAGCAUCGAAGAAGACAUGGAAGCGAUGCUGCUUCUGACCGCUGCUUCUUUUUCUAUAACACUCACUUAAACUAACAACUCGACACUGUCAUGUUAAUCGUUGGAUACAUAGUUUGAUAGGCAGACCUGCAAAACACCAGCUAAGCAGGACUUGGGUCCCUUUUAAAGGGGGUAUCAGAGCUAUGGCAUCUGCACAGUCGGCUGUUACAUUUGCAGUGUGCAUCCUCAUGAUAACAGAGCUGAUACUUGCCAAGAAGGACUAUUAUGAUAUACUGGGAGUGCCUAAAGAUGCUACUGAGCGACAGAUAAAAAAAGCUUUCCACAAGCUUGCAAUGAAACAUCACCCAGAUAAGAACAAGAGCCCAGAUGCUGAAGUGAGAUUCAGGGAAAUUGCAGAAGCUUACGAAACAUUGUCAGAUGAAACCAGAAGGAGAGAAUAUGACCAGUUUGGUGACACCGCCACAUAUUUCACUGAGGAGACGCAAGGCGGACAUAGACAGGGCGCACACCAACCUUUCAGCUUCAACUUUGAUGACAUUUUCAAAGACUUUGACAUCUACAGCCAGAACAGGCAUGCCCGUCAUCGAAGACACUUUGAUGAACACUCCAGGACCCACAAGGAGUCCCACAGUAGACAUAAGAGACACGUUCAAGGAGGUUUUGGAGCAGGUGUCUUUGAUGACAUGUACGAAGACAUCGAGAAAAUGUUUACCUUUGACAGCACCAAACAGACUGACAACAGGUUUCAUGGUGCAUCAAAACAACACUGUAGAACAGUGACACAACGCAGGGGAAAUAUGGUAACCACAUACACAGACUGUACUGCAUCUUAAGAUGCAAUGUAAAAUGACUCAAAGUUGUCCAAAUGGCAUACAAAACUGUUGUAUCCAUUAGGUAGCGUUAAGCCACUUGGUUCAAAUGCUGUGAAAUUUGAUAAUGAUAUUGAUAUCUGACAUUCAGGCACAGUUAACCUCAGUUUACUUAUUUUAGGUCUAAAUUCAAAUAAGCUAUGUUUUUCUUAAAGCUAUUCCAGGUGUGUGGUGCUCAUGGACUCGUACAUGAUUGUAGUAGUUUUUCACGUAUUGUGAAAUAAACUUACGGAGUAUUUUUUCACUAAUUUAAGCACCUUUUGAUAGUGGAACUGGUUAGGUUUAAUGUUUGGAAAAACUUCUUCUUUUAAAGAAAUACUCACGUGUCAGUAAAUCAGUAAUUCACUACUUCUAUUAUGUUUUUAGGGUCUUUUGUAAAGGUUUUGUCAUUGUUGGUUUCAAACCACAACUCGAGAUAGAAACAAUAGCCAGUGGAUUUCUGCUUAUGUCAGCAUUGUCAACACAAUCCUCUGAACCUUCACAAUUUGGCUUGUUUUACAAUUUAAAUUGUUUGUGUUACAUCUUGUUAAAAUAUUAUUUCAUUCUACACUCCCAGUCAAUGUUGAACAAACAAUAUUUUAAAAUGUGUUGUAUUGAUUGUAUUUGUAAAUAAAUGUACACAUUUGUAAAUAUAAGUAGUAAAGAGGUAUAAGUCAAAAGAGAAACGGUGUGACUCUAGCCUAUCCUUAUAAAUAUAAGUGUGGAACACAUACUGUUCUGCUGUGGUAUUUUGAGUAACUCAAAGUAACAGAGGACAUCUAGAUUUAGGUUGUCUUUCAUUCAAUAACAUAGAACAAUUUCUGUUUUCUUGAGUAUUUAAUAUACGUUUCCAAUUACAACUGGAAAUCCUAAAAUAAAAACCCUGGCACUACAAA